UAAUGUGUGACAGCCACGCCCUUGUGCAAUGGUGAUUAUAUUCACCGGUCACCGUUGCGACCGGGGACCGUCAGGACAAGCUGCCUCUAUAUCCAAGCCAGUUUGCUGGGGCACAUCCUCCAUUUGUACCACCCAGCAACCAAGAUGGUCUCGCUCCGAAAUUGGCUGGCUAUACGGCUGUGGGGAGCAGAUCCCCAGACGCGCGCCCUGCUGGCCAAGCUGGAUAUAACCCUGCUGCCCUACUUCUCCCUAAUCUGGUUUCUCUUCGGUGUCACUCGAUCCAGCUAUUCGUCCGCUUACAUCAGUGGCAUGAAAGAAGCUCUCGGCUUCCAGGGCAAGGAAUACAACUAUAUGAAUACCGCAUACUUGGCCGUCUAUGCCGUCUGUCAAAUGCCCGGUACCAGCCUGUUGACCAUUGCCCGCCCCAAAUAUGUGUUUGUCACUGCGAAUGUGACAUGGAGUGUCUUGACCUUGAUCACAUACAAAAUGACGCGUGCCUGGCAAGUCAUUCUAUUGAACGCGAUUGAAGGAGGUUUCUCUGCCAUAGCCUAUGUGGGAGCCCAGUUUAUUCUCGGCUCCUGGUAUCAAAAGUCCGAGCUAGGGAUCCGAGCGGCGGUGUUCUGCGUGUUUGGCCAUAUAGGCACCAUGGCAGGCGGUUGGAUUCAAGCCGGUCUAUUGGCGGCAUUGGCUGGUAAGGGGGGUCUCCCUGCCUGGACAUGGAUCUUUAUCAUCGUCUCCGUGAUGACAGUACCGGUAGCACUAUUUGGCUGGUUCUUCAUCCCGGACCUCCCAUCCCACCGUUCAGCCUGGUAUCUCACCCACGAGCAGAAGGAGCACGCCGUCUGUCGGCUGGGUACGGUGCGCAAGCAAUCCUGGGAUGUCACCGUGUUCAAGCGUGUCUUACUCAGCUGGCAAUUCUGGCUUCUACCAUUCAUCUUCAUGCUGUAUUCACUCUCCGUACAAGAGGUAUCAAAUAAUGUGAUGCCCUACUGGAUGGCUUCACGGGGUUACUCCACCAUUCAACAGAACAACUAUCCCGCGGGCAUCUACGCGGCUGCUAUCUUCGGUACAGUCCUCUACGCUGUCAUCUCCGACCGGCUGCAAUCGCGGGGGGAGGUAUCUCUGGCAAUUGGCUUCACCUUCGUCAUUGGUUCCUCCAUUCUCGUCUCGAGUCCGUCAACUGAUGCCGGGUAUUUUGUGGCGUUUUACCUGAUCGGCACCACUUACGCGCCACAGGCAAUCUGGUACUCCUGGAUGGCGGAUGUGACGGCUCACGAUCUCCAGCUUAGGGCAAUCACGACCGGUUUCAUGAACUCCUUCGACUUUGCCUUCGUCACCUGGUGGCCCUUGAUCUUUUUCCCAGCCACCGAUGCGCCCAACUUCCACAAAGGGUACAUUGCGAGUCUGGUGACAGGAGCAUUGACUAUCCCAUUCAUUGGCCUGAUCGCAUAUCUUGAGAAGAGAGAUCUGGCUCGUGGACGAAUUGGGAUGGUCACAACUGACCCGCCUUUGAUUGACGGACAGGGGAUUUCGCGCGAGCAAAGCUCGAGCAAGAUCGGGGAUGAUUCCAUUUCCAUACGGCCAGCUAGAAAGAGUGCUUAGCUGCGAUGAAACAUUCAAGGGGGUAAAUUUGUCCCCGAGCGAGCACGACUUCCAGUAGCAAUUGAAAUGCGACCGGCCAAGAGAUAUGCUUGACCGAUGGAUCUUCCCAGCGCCGCCUACGUCUAAGAGGGUUACAAUGUCACUCGGCUCUACAUAUCAAUACGACAAGCAACAGAUUCAGGGUAAGAUCCAUGCAUAAAUGAUAUAUUUGUCUCGUAUAAAUAGAUCCUGCCCUCAGCCGAAC